AUGCCGGGUACGCGCUUCCUCCUCCUGCUGCUUCAUGACACACCGUCCAUGCCUCACUCGUGCGCGCUGGAAGGCUCCUACGCCCCGGUCUGCGCCAAGCUGCGCGCCGAAACCAGCAAUAUCGUCGGCUGCGUGGCCGAAAUGUGCCACGAGCUGGAGACCGCCCCAGUGCUGAGAGGGGCGCGGAGUAAACGAGCGACGCAGCCAUCUCAAGGCCAAGACGCCGGCAAAAGCACUCAGGAAGCAGCAAGAGAUCAGGGCGGAGGAGACUUGGUGGCAGGAGGAACAGGCAUUUCAGUUCAGGUCUCACAUGUGGGGGCCGACGAGGUUGAAACCAGGGAACGAGCCGGACUAAGUGAACACAAGCAGCUUUCUGGAGGAGGCUGCGGCUUGGCGUCGAAGGAUUCGACUGACAACGGAGUGGAGGAUGGAGCUCACACGCGAGAGGGCACGCAGCAAUGCGCGAGGGUGGACAAGCUGGAGAAUGCGAGCGCUUUGUUGAGGCAGGGCCUUUUUCUGAUGGAAAUCGCUCGAGUACUGAUGAACGUGGGGAACCAGAUCCCCACUUCAUAUCGCUGGAUCUGCCAGCUACAUCUCUCGAUACUUCCGAUCUUGGGUAUUCGACUCUCAAGACAAGUGGCGACGUACUUCUCGGUCAAAUCUUCGAAGUCUAUGAUAAGGGCGUGCGCGCUGAUUUCGCGGACAUACCGGAUCUGUGGUCCUGUAGCAAAGCGUACUGUGACGUUUUUGAAAGGCAGCCGUCUGCCGGCUGAAUCAUUCCUUGACAGCGAGUCCAGCAGACUGCUGAAGACGAUGGUCCGGGCAAAUACCCAAGUGAUGCUGUUCGAUAAGGAUAUUGUCGUCCCGAAUGCGUUUGACGAGGACUGGGGGUUUCCGUUGCGUGGUAUUGUCCCGCCUCACGCGGUGAAAGGAGGUGGUGGUGAGAUUCAGCACCUUUUCCUCCCGUUCGAUCUGGUACGGGGAGACGAUGAAAAAGUUUCUGGUGCUCCGUCCAAGCUCAUCUCAUCUGCGAGGAGGUACUUUCACGAUCUGCAGCAACCCGAUUCUCCAAGCGUUGGCUUCAGAGAAACUGGAAGCUGCGGCAAUGGAUCAGAAGCUAUCAUCGACCUCUUGUUCUACGUCAACCGCUUCGCGUUCACCCAGGGUGACAGCAAAGUAUCAUCUCGCAAGCUGUUCACCCGCUACCAGCCUCUCGAAAGCUACUCGUGGAAGCAGAGGAUUGCCCCCUGA